AUGGCCCAAUUCCAGCGCCCGACACUGUGUUGCUGCCGCAAAGUGCUCACAGUGCCUAGCAAGUCGUGUGAAGGCGGCCAAGGUCUGGGUCAAUGUCGCCUUGUCGACAUCGCCUCUGCGUCCAACUUCCACUGCUUCAAGCUUCGCCACUUCCAUCUCGACCUCCGCCUCAACUUUGCCGUAAAGGAGAUCACUGGGUGGCAAGUCCUGGAACUGGUGGCUAUCCAACCAGGAGUGCAGACUUUGGUUUUGGACACUCACCCAUCCUUGCUAAUUCAUUCCAUAGACUGCAAGGUGCCUGGCACCACCGGUGCCCAGGACAUUUCCCCGUCGCUCACGUACCGGGUAGACCCAUUCACAGACUAUGGAUCCUCGCUGAAUAUCAGCCUCCCAGCCUCUGUGAUACGGCUGCAUCGGGCUUUCCAGAUCACCGUUCGCUACACCACGACAGACGGUCCAGCGGUAAGGUCACUUUAAAGGUUCAGGCUACUGCACAGUUAAAUUGAGCUUAGGAGCAUUUUUAAACUCUCCAUUGUUAAAGUAGUAAGGCUUACUAAGUAAGUAAUAGAUGUAGUUGUAAAAAUGUACUGUGCUUCAUUGUCAUAUAUUAUUUUAUAUUACGCCAAUUUGCCCAAUGUGGACAGUUUGUGUUACGACAUUACACAAGCUCGCAUUUUUACCACAUAACAUUUUGUGGAAUUUUGCUUCAUAUUGGUGAUGUUGAUAUAAAAGUUUAUAGUCAUCACAAAUACAUUAAAUUGAUUGCUUUAAACAGAUUCAUAUAUUUGGUUUGGUACUGUUGAUUUUGUUAUACGUACCUGUAUGUCGCAGGACUUAGAACGGCAUUAUAAUUUUUAAGCUGGAAAUGGCACAGAACAUUUGUGGCGCUCUCUGUAUAAAAGCCGAUAGCCGCACACCAAUACACCGAUUUUAAGAGUCAAACUAUCACUUAAAUAACAGCCAACCCUUAUCAGUGUUGAUAUCCUAUGCUGGGUGGUGAUUUGUUGAAGUUAAAUAACAAAGCAACUGAUUUGUUUCUGCCCCGUUUCGGCAGCCUCCCAGAAACUCCAUCCAACAUUCUAGAAUGUAGAUGACUGUCUUCAACAAAUUCUCUUCUAACUAGUGAUGUAGAAUAUCUGGGGAAGGGUACCAAAACAUUUCUGCAACAUUGAAGGUCCCCAAGAACACAGUGGCUUUCAUAAUUCUUAAAUGGAAGAAGUUUGGAACCACCAAGACUCUUCCUAGAGCUGGCAGCCCGGCCAAACUGAGCAAUCUGGGGAGAAGGGCCUUGGUCAGGGAGGUGACCAAGAACCCGAUGGUCACUCUGACAGAGCUCUAGAGUUCUUCUGUGGAGAUGGGAGAACCUUACAGAAGGACAACCAUCUCUGCAGCACCCCACCAAUCAGGCCUUUAUGGUAGAGUGGCCAGACGGAAGCCACUCCACAGUAAAAGGCACAUGACAAUCCACUUGGAGUUUGCCAAAAGGCUCCUAAAGGAGUCUCAGACCAAGAGAAACAAGAUUCUCUGGUCUGAUGAAACCAAGAUUGAACUCUUUGGCCUGAAUGCCAAGCGUCAUGUCUGGAGGAAACCUGGCACCAUCCCUACGGUGAAGCAUGGUGGUGGCUGCAUCAUGCUGUGGUGAUGUUUUUCAGCGGCAGGGACUGGGAGACUAUUCAGGAUCGAGGGGAAAGAUGAACGGCACAAAGUACAGAGAGAUCCUUGAUGAAAACCUGCUUCAGAGCAUUCAGGACCUCAGACUGGGGCGAUGGUUCACAUUCCAACAGGACAACAAACCUUAGCACACAGCCAAGACAACACGGGAGUGGCUUCGCGACAAGUCUCUGAAUGUCCUUGAGUGGCCGAGCCAGAGCCUGGACUUGAACCUGAUCGAACAUCUCUGGAGAGACCUGAAAAUAGCUGUUCAGCGACGCUCCCCAUCCAACCUGACAGAGCUUGAGAGGAUCUGCAGAGAAGAAUGGGAGAAAUUCCCCAAAGACAGGUGUGCCAAGCUUGUAGCGUCAUACCCAAGAAGACUUGAGGCUGUAAUCGCUGCCAAAGGUGCUUCAACAAAGUACUGAGUAAAGGGUCUGAAUACUUAUUUUAAAUGUGAUAUUUCUGUUUUUUAUUUUUAACACAUUUGCAUACAUUUCGAAAAACCUGUUUUUGCUUUGUCAUUAUGGGGUAUUGUGUGUAGAUUGAUGAGGGGGAGAAAAACAAUUUAAUCAAUUUUAUAAUAAGGCUGUAACGUAACAAAAUGUGGAAAAAGUUAAGGGGUCUGAAUACUUUCCAAAUGCACUGUAGUUGUAAUAAUAUAAUAAUAAUAUGCCAUUUAGCAGACGCUUUUAUCCAAAGCGACUUACAGUCAUGCGUGCAUACAUUUUUGUGUAUGGGUGGUCCCGGGGAUCGAACCCACUACCUUGGCGUUACAAGCGCCGUGCUCUACCAGCUGAGCUACAGAGGACCACGGACUACAGUUGUCCGGUUUAUCAGGUCCCAGGCUCCAUUACUGUUCUGAUUUAUUUAUUUACAAGUUGUACCUGAUAGAGCAGAUCUAGUCUUGCGUGUGAACGUAAGCCGUCUGGCGCGAGAGACUCAUUGGGAGGGAGACUAGAGCAGGCCCAGAAGUUCUGACUGAACGGACUCACAUUUAAGUGCCCCAGGGUGGUCCAUUUACUUUGUGCUGUUGUAAUUUAUGCUAUGAAAUCCUGGGAUUUCAUUGGGGCAGUUCCCCCUCAUAGCAAAUAGCUGGCAAAACAAUCCAAGCAAUGUUCGCACAGCCUAUGCACCAACGGAAGCGGAGCUGCUGCUGGCAGAGUAGUAAGUAACUGAACAACUUGUUUUGAACAAUAUAAUUUAUAUUGAAACUGUACUUUUAUGAGCAUUUAAAACAUAAUCCAUGAAUUAUUUAAUUUAUAUAUAUAUAUAUAUAUAUUUAUUUAUUUAUUUAUUAUACACAUAAUGGGUGGCCCGCCGGUGGUGCAUACACCCCAAACUUUUGCCUCCAGUUCUAUUGAUUGCAAUGUGAUAUCCAUGGACGUGAUUAACAAAAAACAAAUUGCGUUACACUUACCACGUUGGCGACCCACUUGAAUCAAAAUGCAACACUUCAAAAUGUGGCUAGGUGUCUUCUACAAUUUGUCCUCUAACCAGUGAUGUACACAUUAUUCCCAGAUUCCGUCUGGUUUUUGAGCUGUGUUAGUUUUAUCACAAACGAUUUCUGCAUAUUGGUUAUUGAUUUGGACACGUUAAAACUGUGUUUUGACAUUGGGCUAUUUAUCAAAAUGUCUUGUCAACAGGAAGCAGUGACAGCAUCAUUUACAACUUAAGGUUUAGGAACAUUAAUUGAACUUUUAACAUUAAUUUCCAAUGGUAAAAACUGCAGAAUGAGUCCAGAAACUAGCUGUGAUUUGAUUUAUUUUGAUGAUAUACCAGAAAUCACCAAAACGGGUUUGACCUGCCUAACAUUGGUGACAGCUGGGGUAGCUGGCAAAACAUUGAUGUUGGUUAGCCUAAUUAUAAACACAUUUGCAUGUGCCCAUUGUUGAUUAAUAACAUGACAGAACAAUUUAAUCUAAAUCUAAAUUCAUACCUAAAAAGAGGCCAUUAAAAAAAAACAUGUAUUAAUUUAUUAUUAGUCUGUCAUGAUACCCAAGUUUCCCACUUGGGAAGUAUCAGAAUCAACCAAUAGGAAGCUCUCUGCAAAUAUCUUGCGUUCAUUUUAAGUCUGAGUGGGCGAGUUUCCGACAUUUUAUGAACGAGGCAUAAUUUCACCUCUUAGACUGGAGGCCCAUUACCCUAUCCUUAAUAUUCUAAGUUCUGUGCUGUGUAGGCUACCUGCAAAAGGAACAUACUGUAUGUUAUUACAGCUGUCAGUCUGGCAUGGGAUCAAUGGAGUUUCCCCAUGCAAAGCCUGUCACAUAGGUCAUGGGAGGUUAAAUUAUUUUUCAUAGGGGUCAAAUUAUGAUUUCCAUAUCGACCGUCAGCCCCUAUACCAGUGUUUCCCAAACUCUAUCCUGGGGACGCCAAGGGGUGCAUGUUUUUUAUUUUUUUUAUCCUAGCGCUACACAGCCGAUUCCAAUAAUCAAAGCUUGAUAAUGAGUCGAUAAAAAAAAUAAUUCAGCUGUAUGUAUUGCUAGGGUAAAAAACAAAAUAUGCACAGUCAAACAUUUAUUCUAACGCCAAAAUUGACAUCAAGGCAGUCUCGUCUAAAACAGAGUUUGAAAUCUCAGUGCGUCACAACAAGUAAAUUAAGGUUGGGUUUGGAUUACAAUUAUGUCAACAAAUCAUGCCCCCUUUUGCCAAGCUCCACGUGCAAAUCGCCCCUCCGCCCACUUCGCUUCCCUUCAUUGAGGGAGUUCUAUUACGCUGGCCCGGGUUGAACCAAGCAAUGGCCCGUCACGUCAUCGGGCGAAAGUGGGGAGGGGAGGAGCGCCAUUCUCAAAUCAAACAGUAGGCUAAUCUGCGCUGCUCGGUCAUGUUGUCAACAAGUCAGCUAGGUGCAUCGUUCAGAAUCAAAUAAAUGUUUGAAUUUUCAUACUAGUUUUCAUUGGGAAGGCAUUCACAAUUGCAUGUGAAAACACAGAAUCCUAGUCAUCACUCCACGUGCUUGAUUACGUCACAUUUGUUUUGAGCUGACUUCACCGUCGGCCAGAGCGGGGCUCCUGGCUCACGCCCCGGAGCCAGCCCAGUUGCAAAAUGAAUGCAAUCACCGGCCAGAUAAAUGAACCCCCUCAUUUAAUGGGGCUCCGUUGUUUCAUCGCCCCCAAACUGUUCAAAUCAAAGGAUCACGGCCAUUUGAGACUGAAAAGUGAGUAUACCGGUAGCUAGACCAUAGACUGCUGGUUAUGUAUCUGGUUAUGCAUAUUUUGAUAAUCAUUAUCACUAUCAUAGCUAGCAUAGCUGACGUUAGCUAGCUACCUAGCUACCUAACUAGCUAGCCAUCUAUACUGAACAAAAAUAUAAUCGCAACAAUGUAAGUGUUGGUCCCAUGUUUCAUGAGCUGAAAUAAAAGAUCCCAGAAUUUUUCCAUAUGCACAAAAAUCCUACAUUUUGUGCACAAAGUUGUUUACAUCCCUGUUAGUGAAGAUUUCUCCUUUGCCAAGAUUAUCCAUCCACCUGACAGGUGUGGCAUAUCAAGAAGCUGAUUAAAAAGCAUGAUCAUUACAUCUAUUGCUGGGGACAAUAAAAGGCCACUCUAAAAUGUGCAGAUUUGUCACACAACACAAUGCCACAGAUGUCUCAAGUUUUGAGGGAGCGUGCAAUUGGCGUAAUGACUGCAUGAAUGUCCACCAGAGCUGUUGCAAGAGAAUUGAAUGUUAAUUUCUCUACCAUAAGCCACCUCCAACAUCGUUUUAGGGAAACCGGCUUCACAACCGCAGACCACGUGUAACCACGCCAGCCAAGGACCUCCAUAUCCGGCUUCUUCACCUGCGGGAUCGUCUGAGACCAGCCACCCAGACACCUGAUGAGUAUUUCUGUCUGUAAUAAAACUCAUUCUGAUUGGCUGGGCCUGGCUCCUCAGUGAAUGGGCCUGGCUCCGAAGUGGGUGGGCCUAUGCCCUCCCAGGCCCACCCAUGGCUGCGCCCCUGCCCAGUCAUGUGAAAUCCAUAGAUUAGGGCCUAAUGAAUUUAUUUCAAUUGACUGUUUUCCUUAUAUGAACUGUAACUCAGUCAAAUCAUUGAAAUCAUUGCAUGUUGCGUUUUAUAUUUUUGUUCAGUAAAACUAGCUAGCUAGCUGGCUAAUGUUAGCCUACCUUAAUACAACUCUGAUUUGGCUUGGAAACACAACAACAUUUCAAACAAAGUAAAAAAAAAGAAAAAAAAGAAAGGAAAACCUUAUGUUAUGAUUGUGAUGUCGCCAGAACAUUAGCAUUGCUAGCUAUUUUUGACUGACUUUGCUAGCUAGUAACAGUAAUGGCAACAUUUGCCAUCUCUCUAAAGUAAAUAUGACGACAUCAUAAUAUGGCAAAGUUGUUUCCUGCUAAUGAUUUGCCUACUUUAGCAAUGUCAUCGUAUUUCCAUGCCACUCUAAAUUAGUAUAAUUUAGAGAAAACAGUCACAUUAGCCUCCAAGGUGCAACCCAUGUCUAGGGCACAAAUAUAUAUUGGCUGCAGCUAUGGUGGUACUAGCUAACUCAUGUCUAACUACAACAGUGUACUAAAUAGCAGCAACAAACUCAAACCAACCCAUGGCCACAUUGGUUGCAUAGUGUAAGGGCGUCACCGGCCUCAAUCUAAUCCAAUCUGGAGCCAGUCAGUCUACAUCUGUGAAGUAUAGAAAUAGCUUCCAAACGCGAUUACGUUAUUUCUUAAGCUAUGUUAAUAAUUGAGGGACGAUGAUAAUCUUUGACCCUGUUUUUCUGUUAGACCAAGUGCACAUAUUAUGUCCAGGACAUAACCUAGCCUGGUGGAACCAGUCUGAUCGCUGUGUUCACCAUUCUAUUUCACAUCACAUGUAAUAGAAAGGUGAACGCAGCGAUCAGGUUGGUUCCAUCAGGCCACUCAUAACCACCAUUUAUAUAAUGUAAUCAGUGCUCUGUGUGUUUGUGUGUGACCGACCAGUGUCUUUGAGGGAUCAGGAGCUGAUCUUCGCAUCUAUGCCCAUCAGAGGGUAGUGCGUACGGCCCAGUACAUCACUGGGGCCAAGCUUCCUGCCAUCCAGGACCUCUAUACCAGGCGGUGUCAGAGGAAGGCCCUCAAAAUUGUCAAAGACUCCAGCCACCCUAGUCAUAGACUGUUCUCUCUGCUACCGCACGGCAAGCGGUACCGGAGUGCCAAGUCUAGGUCCAAAAGACUUCUCAACAGCUUCUACCCCCAAGCCAUAAGACUCCUGAACAGCUAAUCAUGGCUACCUGGACUAUUUGCACUGCCCCCCCACCCCAUCCUUUUUACGCUGCUGCUACUCUGUUAAUUAUUUAUGCAUAGUCACUUUAACUCUACCCACAUGUACAUAUUACUUCAACUACCUCAACUAGCCGGUGCCCCCGCACAUUGACUCUGCACCGGUACCCCCCUGUAUAUAUAGCCUCCCUACUGUUAUUUUAUUUUACUUCUGCUCUUUUUUUUCUCAACACUUUUUUUGUUGUUGUUUUAUUUUUAUGCACUGUUGGUUAAGGGCUGUAAGUAAGCAUUUCACUGUAAUGUCUGCACCUGUUGUAUUCGGCGCAUGUGACCAAUAACAUUUGAUUUGAUUUGAUCAAUGGGGCUCUGGCAAAGACCUCACCUCAAUGGGGAGAACAGAAUUAGGUAGGUUUAGUCUGACCUGUUCAAACUUCAACAUAGUAUAUGUUUAUGUGUCAGAUAUCACCUAUCCCUAACUGCCAUUGGUAAUAGAACAGUGACUAUGUGUGUAUGUGUUCACAGAAACAUGUAUGGAGCCAGCACAUGGAGAUGAUUUGAUGAAGUCCAGACGGGCUUGAUCUUUAUGUCUCUGAAUGGAGAUUGUCCAUUCAGAGAAAUUUUUACUAGACACAACUUUUACUUGCAUUAUCUUUUUUUAUUAUUGAAUUGAUUGAUAUCAGGGAACUCCUGUUCUAUACGAGACACCACACAGGAAGAUACUGUAUGACCACUGACAUGUUUGCCAAGGUAGCCCCAUUAUCACCAGACAAAAUGCCGAUAGGCACAGUAACUAUCGGCUGGGAAUGACAAUGAAAUAUGAAAGGUGCACAUUGUUACAUUAGCAGAACACUGCUUCAAUGGUAUUAUGUAAAGGGUUGUUUAUUCUACAUGGACCUGUUACUACAUUUGAAAGUUAUCACAACAUUUAGUUUAGAAUCUCUACAUAAAUUCAGCAAUUGCAUUCUUCUCAUAUUACUCGGUAGGCUACUGACCUGUUCGAUGCUUCCUCCAGCAUCUCACCAUACAUCUGUCUGUAGUUAUUGAACUCAACGUGCAGGAGGUUUGUUUGUUGUGAAUGAGUGGGGAAACAGCCAGGCCCACCCUUGCCUUCACCCCUGAAUGGUUGUGUGCCAUGUCUAUCAUGUUAAACACCUAUCGAGGAUUGUGAGAUCUGGCAUGCGUCUGCAAUGUAGUCAGCCUGGAACCCAUAAUUUACUAUUUUCUUUAUGUUGUCUGCAAUGUAUCUUUAAAGGACAGUUUACUCUAAAAUCAGUCUGUCACGCAUUUUCAGUCAUCAGAAGUGGUCUAAUGUUGAUACAUGUCCAUGUCGCACGGCAUCCGUUGCAUUGAGCUAUAUGCCAAAUGAAAUGGAAAGAUAGGCUUGUAGUCUAAUUUACUAAUUUAAUCCGGUGUCUAUAUUUUCGGUAUAUAGCUGGAAAUACACAAAGCUUGGGAUGUGGACAUGUCUCGACGUUCGACCAAACUUUGAGAGUGAACUAUCACUUUAAGUUGAACAAAUUGAUGUUUCUGAUUGGUUCCUGGGCCCUCUAGAUCUGGUGGCUGGACGCAGAGCUGACGUGUGGUCAGACGCGCCCGCUAGUCUUCACUCAGGGCCACUCUGUCUGCAACCGCUCCUUCUUCCCCUGCUUCGACACACCCGCUGUCAAGAGCACCUACACCGCUACUGUCAGGGUGAGUGUCCAUGUCACACCUCUAGUGCCGGUUUCCAGAGAAACCUGACCCUAUUGUUUUGAUAUUGACAUAACAUAAAUCGGUGUUUUAAAAUGUUAAUGUAAUACACAUCAGCUGUUGAGCGCCUACACCGUUACCAUCAGGGCAAGUCGCCUCUCAAACCUGCGUCGUGUUGAUGUAGCAAAUGUUUAUUUUUAUUUAACCUUCUCAGGGAAUCAUACUGAGACCAAGGUCUCUUUUACAGAUGAGCCCUGAAUUACAUAAAUGACUGAAAAUACACACAUCAAAAUAUAUAUACAAAAUGCAAGCAGAAAGAAAGAAAAACACUGUCAUAAAAAACAAACACAUUCAUCAGUAAUAAGAUCCUCAAUCAGCUUUCUGAAUUGCCCUAGAGGCACCAGAAUAUCAAAUUUAAGGACAUUUUGAAGAUUGUUCCACAAGUAAGGUGCACGAAAACUAAAAGCUGAUUUACCUAACUCAGUAGAGACCAAAGGAAUUUCCAGAGUUAGCCAUCCCUGAGACCGGGUGUGGUAACUUGUAUGUCUAAAGUUUAGUAAUGAUGUUAGCUACAGUGGGAGUUUUUGUAAAAGGGCUUUAUAAAUGAAAACAUAGCAAUGUAUCAACUUACGUGACAUCAAAGAGAUCCAACCAACUUUCUGGUAGAGAAUGCAGUGAUGAGUACUAAAACUGAUACCCAUAAUAAAGCGCAUUGCGCUACGGUAAACUGCAUCUAACGGCUUUAAUGAAGUAGCAGCUGCGUUCAUAUAGAUUAAGUCGCCAUAGUCUAGGACCUAUAGGAACGUCGACUCAAUAAUCUGCUUUCUAUUAUUUAGCGAGAGGCAGGUCCUAUUUCUAUAGAAGAAGCCCAUUUUUAUUCUCAGCUUAUUAACUAACUCAUCAAUAUGCUUUUUAAAAGACAGCUUUUCAUCUAUCCAGAUGCCCAGAUAUUUGUAAGCACGGACACGAUCAAUAUGGACACCAUCCAAAGUACAUGUGCUUAAAUCAUCAGACUUAUUUUUAUGCGCUCUAGAGAACAACAUAUACUUAGUUUUACCUGCGUUCAAUACUAAUAUCUGGUAAAUAAUUGUUUUCUGUAAUACAACGAAGACAGACUGUAGUUCAGAUAGAGCCUGGUCAACCGUGGGGGCAAUAGUAUACACAACAGUAUCAUUGGCAUACAAGUGCAGGUACAUAUUUUUUUACAGACAAGUUGAUAUUGUUAAUGUUAAACAGUAAAAAGUACAGGACCCAGAAACGACCCCUGGGGGACACCUUUCGUAAUAUCCAGGAAACCUGAUUUAACACCAUAAGUAGAUAUACAUUGAGUUCUAUCGUCAAGUAAUUUUUAAACCAGUUACAUGCAGCCUGUUCUAGGCCAGUUGCGGAAAGCCUCUGAAUUAGCAGUGAGGGAUCAACAGUAUCAAAAGCCUUUGACAAGUCAAAGGCCAGCACAAUGUUGCCUUUAAUCCAUACAGUUAACCACAUCAUUUAUAACUAGGGAUGCAACAGAGAUAGUGCUACGACCUGGUCUAAAACCCAGCUGAUGUUCAUUUAGAAUACAUUUCAAAGAUAAGAAAGAUCUUAGCUGAGAAUUAAUCAAAGAUUCUAAUAUUUUAGCUGGACAAGAAAUUUUAGAAAUAGGCCGAUAAUUAUUUAGGUCACAAGGGUCAGCACCUUUGAAGGGGGAGUACAUGGGCCGCCUUCCAAACCUUGGGGAUAGUACCAGAUAUAAUUGUCAGGUAAAAAAUAUGGGUUAAUGAUUCAGCAAUCAGGGGGGCAGAGAGCUGCAGCAAAAAUGGAUCAAGCAUAUCAGCUCCAGUGGAUUUUUUUUUACAUCAAUCUUAAGCAAGGCAUCUAGCACAUCACAGAUAGUAAAUUGUUGAAAUGAAAACAAAGAUUUACUAGAAGUUGACAGGUUAACCGUCGAGUCAGCUAGAGGCUGGCAGAGGGUAGAGCAGUCGAUUGACUGACCAGGGACAACUACACCACCGUUUCUCUCAAAUAGAAAGCCUGCAGAGAUAAAAUGAUGAUUAAAAGCUCAACUUAUCCCAUUCUUCUCAGUUAUGAUCCAGAGUCAGACAGAACUUGCUUAGGCAGGUAAGAAGAGGAAUUUGUACGCUUCAGUGCGUUUUCCAAAAUGUAGAAGGAUCACCAAAGAUAGAGCUUAAAAAGUAGCUUGAUUUAGCAUUGUUAAUCGAGAUGGUACAUCUGUUUCUCAAUUGUCUGAAAGAUUGCCAGUCCACUACAGAGUCAGUUGUCCUGAAUUGUUUAAAAGGGGCAUGUUUUUCUGCCAGAGGAAUAAAUAUGGAGGAUACAUUUUCUAGAGCCAACUCAGGGUCAGGAAUACAGGAGACAGUGGCUAAAUCAGAGUAGAACAUGUAAAAACCCUUGAGCAGAACACUUUUUAAAAUGUCUCUUCUUAAUUAAACAAGGAUUAGUAUUUUGCUGUUUCGUAUCUCUAAUAUAUACUAUGGGACAAUGAUCACUGAGAUUAUAUUAAAAUACUCCACUAGACAAAUAUUUAUGGGGGUUAUUAGUAAGAAUUAAAUCAAUCAAUGAAAAGUUAACAGGGUUUUUCACAUUUAGCCGUGUGGGUUUUGAGAUCAAUUGAGUCCGAUAAAUAUCAAUACAUAUACUCUUAAAUUGAUCUGAGCUCGGGGAUAGCCAAUCCAGAUUCAAAUCCCCUAAAAAACUGAACAGAAAAGGGGUUAAACACUCAGAAAUAGCACCAAUAGCAUCCGCCAUGGCGAAUUCGAUAGCUCAAAUGGUUGGUAAGUUGUCACGGAGGGCGGUCACGUGUGUUUGCAAGCAGAGGAUCACUGGUUUGAGCCCGGAAUGGGAACAGGGACAGUGGAGGAAGCUAUACUGUUAGCAGCACACUGACGUCCGUUUCACUAACAGAUGUGAGAAAGCGAGGGUGUGUUUGCUAGCCCACGGUGUCAUGACGUCAUUCACCCUCCCUGUCCCUAAGACCUGAACUACUACAAAGGGUCCGCGUCCAGGGUCGGUCAUACCGGGAAUUAAACAAGGCGUUACAUACAAUAGGCAUAAAAGUGGGGGGAAAAAACAAAAAGUAUUUUGUUUGUUCAAGUAAUACCUUGUGUCAUUUCAAUGUGUUCUCUUGUUUUGUGCCUAUGGAAGAAACAGUGGUGUAGUGCAGUGGCGUGUCCAGAACAUUUUGAAUGGGUUGGCCAAGGUGGGGCACUGACCCAGUUUAGGGGGCCAUAAAAUGUUGAACCUUAAUCGAUGCAAGGUGGAUUUUUUCAAUAUAAUUAUAGUGGUUCAAUGCGUUAAAUGCUUCAGCUUACGUUUGGUACGUUCCCCUGUUCAAAUAAACCAUAAAUCAAUUCUAAAUCAAGUCUUCUUACAGUGUUUGCAUUCAAGGUCAGGAUUUUAUAUAAGGGUAUUAGCACACAGCAGUAAAUUCACUUGAAAGUGCUGUCCAAAGUGCUAAUUAUAUUUUUAAUGGGACCUCCUUUAUGGGCUUUAUAGUAAAAACCUGCAAUUUAACUGUCAAAAUGUAUUACCUUUGAAUGUGUCAUGAACACAACCAGUCAUUAUGUUUUCAUCUGAUUGUCACUUCAAAAAGUAGGUUAAGUAGAUUACCUGCGCAUGUUCAUCUACUCCAAAAUAAGUCCAGCAUCCGAACAGUGCACUGUGCACCCACCAUUUGAAUGGAAAGGGACAUCUAUUACAAGUACCAUAAGUGUAAUGAAAUUCAGCCUACAAAGUGGUGUGUAUUAAUGAAUGCCAAGGGAAGCCAGGCUUCUCCAAAAAUUAAGAAUAAAAAUAUAAACUAACGUAUACAAUUAUUUGUUAUUUGUGUCUCUCUGUGUUUCAUAAUUUCCUUGAAUUCGCAAGGCAAACAUGUAGUCCUUUUAUCUGACAUCAUCAGAUACAUGGACUAAACAUACUAAGACGGAGGGGCACUGUUUCGCUCGCUCUGAUGCUUUCUCCGGUGAGAUGAGUCUUGCUGUCGGUGUACAUCUUGGUCAAAAUUAUAAAUAUAUUCAGAGAUGACCUAUCAGAUCUAAGAAUUUGUGGGUGGGCCACUGGGGUGGUCAAUCACCUUUUUUUUUACCACUACAUCACUGGGAAGAAAACCCUGGCUCAGUGAUAUCAGCUUCGCAUUGCUCUGUUCUCUCUCUUUCUGUCUUUGUCUGCCUGUCUCUCUCUCUCUCUCUCUCUCUCUCCAUUUUUCACACUUAUUCACCCCACUGUUUUUGAUUGAAUGCAAAUAAUUGUAUUUGUGGUGUUUGAAGCUGUAGUGUUGAUUCUGUAAUUUGUAGUUUAUUAAAUUUUUGCUGAUCAUUUUGAAUUUGUUGUAUUGUUGUCCUCAGGGCACCAUUGUAAAUGAGACACUGGUCUAAUGGGUUACCCUGAAUAAGUAAAAGUUCAUUAAAUAAAAAAAUACUGUAAAUCUCACUUGGCGUUUUAAUUCUCAAACCUAAUCUCUUGUUAUAAUCUCCCUUCCACCCCGUUAAUCUCACUUUAUUAUAAUCUUAAUCUGGUUUAUUUGCUCUCGCUCUCUCUGUCUGUCUUGGUUUCUCUCCAUUUUAAUCUGUUUUGUCUAAAUAAAAUGGCUUUUAUAGAAUUACACCACUGUUUCUUUAAUCUCACUGUUAAUCUCACUCUGCUUUUCACAAUCUACAUCUCACUUUCCCUUCUGUAGUCUCGUUAGCACUCCUUUUCCUGUGAAACUCCUGCUUUGACAUAAUCUCCCUUUGUCACCAAGAGCAUCAAAAUUAGUUUCAUCAUCUUUUUGUGUUGGUGUGCAUGUGUGAACGUACAUGUCUGUGUGUGUCCAUGCCUGUCUGUGUGUGCGCGCAGGUGCCGGAGGGUGUGACGGUGUUGAUGAGUGCCUCCCGUAGUGCCUACUCCAAGCAGGACAGGGUGUUCCAGUUCUCCAUGGAGUACCCCGUCCCAGCCUACCUGGUGGCCCUGGUGGCAGGGGACCUGCAGCAUGUUGACAUCGGCCCCAGGUCAGUGGGAGUGACCUGACCUAGGUCCAAUACAUUAAUUUGAAAGCUACAGUGUUUCCCAAUUAUCUCUUCUUCCUCCCAAAGUGUACACUUGUUCACUUCUCUUACACACUGAUUUGAAAGGAAAUGACUGGCAUAUAUGGUGGAAACUCCCACUAACCAAUGCCUCCACCAAUCCAAAGCUUUAAGAUUUGUGGGAGGUAGUGAAUGAGGAGUGUAGACUUCAGGAGAAAUAUACUUUAUUAGAGAUAUUAUUGUGAUUCCUUUGUCAUGAAUGUGUCAAACUCCAGUCCUUGAGGGCUGCAGUUACUGUUGGUUGUCGUUCCUCCCUUACCUUUUAAUUGAUCAAUUAAGUCAUUGAUUAGCGAGGAAGUCCACACACCAUUGUUUCCUAGGUCUAAGUCGGACACCAAUAUAAAGGAAAGAACAUCCAGCUGAUACUGCGGCACUCCAGGACUUGAGUUUGACGCCCCUGUACUGAUCCUAUGCUUCUGCAUGUGUCAAUGUCCAGACCUUCACAUAUUUGCCCUAGUGACCUAAUCAGCAGCAUCACAUGAGAUUUUCACAUGCAAUGGGGCGAUUCCACGCCAGCGUGGACGGGAAAUAUUUUUGGUAUCUCAGAUUGUUCUGGCAAUUCUGACAUAAAAACUUAAAUGGGAGGAAGAAUGUUCAAUAUGCUUUUUACAUUUGUAUCACAAACCAUUUUUGAGAAAAUCAUGAUGAAAGUGGCCAUUUUAAGCUCCUUUUAGAACUAUACAUGCCUUCUGUAAGACCCUAUGAUCAAAUCACAUUUUAUUUGCCACAUGCGCCGAAUACAACAGGUGUAGACCUUACAGUGAAAUGCUUACUUACCUUAACCAACAAUGCAAUGUUUUUUUAAGAAAUCAAAAAAAAGUGUAAAGUAAAAAAUAGAAAAUAGCAAAUAAUUAAAGAGCAGCAGUAAAAUAAAAUAACAGUAGGGAGGCUAUAUACAGGGGGUACCGGUACAGAGUCAAUGUGCAGGGGCACCGGUUAGUCGAGGUAAUUGAGGUAAUAUGUACAUGUGGAUAGAGUUAAAGUGACUAUGCAUAAAUAAUAAACAGAGUAGCAGCAGCAUAAAAGAGGGGGUGGGGUGGGGUGGGGUGGGGGGUCCGGGUAGCCAUGAUUAGCUGUUCAGGAGUCUUAUGGCUUGUGGGUAGAAGCUGUUAAGAAGGCUUUUGGACCUAGACUUGGAGAUCCGGUACCGCUUGCCAUGCGGUAGCAGAGAGAACAGUCUAUGACUAGGGUGGCUGGAGUCUUUGACAAUUUUUAGGGCCUUCCUCUGACACCGCCUGGUAUAGAGGUCCUGGAUGGCAGGAAGCUUGGCCCCAGUGAUGUACUGGGCCGUACGCACUACCCUCUGUAGUGCCUUACAGCAGUUGCCAUACCAGGCAGUGAUGCAACCAGUCAGGAUGCUCUCGAUGGUGCAGCUGUAUAACUUUUUGAGGAUCUGAGGACCCAUGCCAAAUCUUUUCAGUCUGCUGAGGGGGAAUAGGCUUUGUCGUGCCCUCUUCACGACUGUCUUGGUGUGUUUGGAACAUGAUAGUUUGUUGGUGAUGUGGACACCAAGGAACUUGAAGCUCUCAACCUGUUCCACUACAGCCCUGUCGAUGAGAAUGGGGGCGUGCUCAGUCCUCUUUUUCCCCCCCCUGUAGUCCACAAUCAUCUCCUUUGUCUUGAUCACGUUGAGGGAGAGGUUGUUAUCCUGGCACCACACGGCCAGGUCUCUGACCUCCUUAUAGGCUGUCUCAUCGUUGUCGGUGAUCAGGCCUACCACUGUUGUGUCAUCGGCAAACUUAAUGAUGGUGUUGGAGUAGUGCCUGGCCAUGUAGUCAUGGGUGAACAGGGAGUACAGGAGGGGACUGCACCCCUGAAGGGCCCCCGUGUUGAGGAUCAGCGUGGCAGAUGUGUUGUUACCUACCCUUACCACCUGGGGGCGCCCGUCAGGAAGUCCAGGAUCCAGUUGCAGAAGGGAGGUGUUUAGUCCCAGCGUCCUUAGCUUAGUGAUGAGCUUUGAGGGCACUAUGGUGUUGAACGCUGAGCUGUAGUCAAUGAAUAGCAUUCUCACGUAGGUGUUCCUCUUAUCCAGGUGGGAAAGGGCAGUGUGGAGUGCAAUAGAGAUUGCAUCAUCUGUGGAUCUGUUGGGGCAGUAUGCAAAUUGGAGUGGGUCUAGGGUUUCUGGGAUAAUGGUGUUGAUGUGAGCCAUGACCAGCCUUUCAAAGCACUUCAUGGCUACAGACGUGAGUGCUACAGGUCGGUAGUCAUUUAGGCAGGUUAUCUUAGUGUUAUUGGGCACAGGGACUAUGGUGGUCUGCUUGAAACAUGUUGGUCAGUGAAGACACUUGCCAGUUGGUCAGCACAUGCUCGGAGUACAAGUCCUGGUAAUCCGUCUGGCCCUGCGGCCUUGUAAACGUUGAACUGUUUAAAAGUCUUACUCACAUCGGCUACGGAGAGCGUGAUCACAUAGUCAUCCGGAACAGCUGAUGCUCAUGCAUGCUUCAGUGUUGCUUGCCUCGAAGCGAGCAUAGAAGUGAUUUAGCUCGUCUGGUAGGCUUGUGUCACUGGGCAGCUCGCGGCUGUGCUUCCCUUUGUAGUCUGUAAUAGUGCAUAAUACAGACAACCGUACAUGAUACAGACAAGAUAUUGGUGUCAUUAUACUCCUUAUAGUGUGCUCUAAAGUAUGAAGUAUGUCUAGAUUCUGAAAGUUUUCACAUAAAUGUAUUCAACAUAAAAAAAUAUUAAUAUGAAUAUAUCAAAACUACCCUUUUUGAUUUUGUUCAUUUUUAGACAUAUUGUUUAAAACGAUAAACUCUACAAGUACAUUACAUUUCCAGAGUGGGCUGGCAUGGAAUCACCCAAAUAACAUGUAAUUUCUAUUAUCUAUCUAUAGUGGAAACGUUUCACCAAAUGGAAGCAAACGAUCCGAAACGGGGAGGGACCUACCCGAACUUGUCCAAUAAGAAUGUUUUUUGCAAUGGUUUGCACUAAUUAAUACAACCCUGCUCUCUUCCUCUGGCAGGAGCCGGGUGUGGGCAGAGCCGUGUAUACUGACCUGUGCUGUGAGCAAGCUAGGAGGUAGCGUGGAGCGCUGGCUGAACGUGGCCGAGGACCUUUUCGGACCCUAUGUGUGGGGAAGGUUAGAGCAAUACAGUUAUUUGUUGCAUGACACAAGAAUCUCAACAUCAAAUAUAGAACAAUGCAUGAGGGUACAGGUCAAGGUUUCGUGACACACUUAUGCAUACACACACACACACACACACACACAAACUUCAGAUACUCUGUCCCUUAGGCCUGGGUGAGUUGGAGUGUCUGUGUUUGUCCACGGCCUCUGUAGUAUUUGGUGGAGUUGGUUUGGUUAGCUAGCCAUACCAAUUAAUAAUAUAGAUUACAGACAGAACACACAGACUCCCCAAAAUACACUUACUUGCCAAAUUCACAUGGCUAGACAGUCUUCAGAUUUAAAUUGUACAGUGUUCGCAGUUACAGAAAAAAAUUCUGCAUAUCUACAGUUUACAUGAAUUGUUAACUAUACAGGGCUUUUAAUAAUAAUAAUAAUAAUAUGCCAUUUAGCAGACGCUUUUAUCCAAAGCGACUUACAGUCAUGCGUGCAUACAUUUUUAUUUUUUUGUGUAUGGGUGGUCCCGGGGAUCGAACCCACUACCUUGGCGUUACAAGCGCCGUGCUCUACCAGCUGAGCUACAGAGGACCACAUGCUAGGGAGAGGAAAGAUGGAACUGAAACCAUACAAAAACGUGCUAUAAAAGAGAACAAACCAGAACACUGUACCAGUCAGUCAAUUGAAAUUGAAAUUUAAGUAUGAAAACUGUAUGCACUCACUAACUGUAAGUCACUCUGGAUAAGAGCGUCUGCUAAAAAAUGACUAUAAAAAAUAAAAAAUUGAGGAGGUACAUUUCAUGUCAUGUCAUACAUUUAAAAAGUGAUGUUACUUCCUAAUGAGAAUUGUACGAUUCUUUAAUUGAAUUUCAAUGCACUUCCUGGGGUUGCGUCCCAAAUGGCACAAUAUUCCCUAUAUAGUGCACUACUUUCACCCUAUUCCUUAUAUAGUGCAUUUCUUUUGACAUCAAAACUAUUGCAUAAUAUAGGGAAUAUGGUGUAAUUUGGGAAGCAGCCCUGAAUUGACCACAUGACAACCAUCGUAUCAUUCCGCCACGCUGGUCACACACAGGUACGACAUAGUGUUCCUGCCUCCGUCGUUCCCCAUCGUGGCCAUGGAGAACCCCUGCCUCACCUUCAUCAUCUCCUCCAUCCUGGAGAGCCGGGAGUUCCUGCUGAUCGACGUCAUCCAUGAGAUCGCCCACGGCUGGUUCGGCAACGCGGUCACCAACGCCACCUGGGAAGAGAUGUGGCUGAGCGAGGGACUGGCCACCUACGCACAGAGACGCAUCACUACCGAGGCCUACGGUGUGUAUACGCACGCUCACACACACACACAUCUAGGCACAGAGGCACAUGGUGUGUAUAUAUAGCAUACACAGACACACCUAAGUACAGAGGCGCAUCACUACAAACACAAACAAACCAAAAUGCCUACAGCUAAUCCCCCGUCCCUGUGUUUCCCCAGGUGAGGCCUUCACCUGUCUGGAGACUGUGUUCCGUCUAGACGCCCUGCACAGACAGAUGCGUCUCCUAGGAGACAACAACCCUGUCAGCAAGCUGCAGGUCAAAUUUGAGCCAGGUAUGGAUGAAAGACUCACUCAGACACGCACGCACACACACAAACAGUCGGUGUAAUUUAGCUUCACAAAUAAAAACAUAUUUUUUUAAAUGAGGACUACUGUUACUGUUUUAUUAUCUUUCAUUCUCUCUCCCUCAUCUGUUUUUUUCUACCCUUAGGUAUUAAUCCCAGUAGUCUGAUGAACUUGUUCACUUACGAAAAAGGCUUUUGCUUCGUCUCGUACCUCUCUCAACUCUGUGGCAAUGUCAAGCGCUUCGACAGCUUCCUGAGGGUAAGAGAGCGCGUGAACACACACACACACGCACAGAGACACACCACAUCACUUGAAACUGUGUCAUGUUCUCUCAGGCCUACAUAGAACAGUUUAAGUUCAGCAGUGUUGUGGCCCAGGACCUGCUCGAUUUCUUCCUGGGCUUCUUCCCGGAACUAAAGGAGAGCUGUGUGGCCCAGAGAGAGGGUGAGUCCGUCACUCACAUUACCAGUUCAUGGGAAAAGGACAUAUACGCCCACCAAACUUGUUCAAGUGCUGGAUAGCAUUGUCGAAUUGUUGUCUGUUUUUGUGUGAACCCACAGAACUGAAGAGGUAUAUACUUGUUCCUCGCUCUAUUUCUCCCUCUCAGGGUUGGAGUUUGAGCGGUGGCUGAACGGUUGUGGCCCCCCCCUGUGUGAACCGGACCUCUCGGCUGGUGGGGUUCUGACCGGUCCCGUCCAGAGUCUGUGUGACCUGUGGGCCAGCGAACCCCCAGACCCUGAGGCCAUCGCAAACUUUAACCUCUCCUCUUGGAGCACCUUCCAGACUGUUCUCUUCCUGGACCGACUGCUGGACCGCUCGCCCCUCUCACACGGUAGGUACCAGACCAUGAGCCGUAUGUAUAAAGCGUCUUACUGUAGGAGUGCUGAUUUAGGAUCAGUUUUUCCCUUCAGAUAAUAAUAAGUAAGACGUACAAUGAGGGGAAAAAAGUAUUUGAUCCCCUGCUGAUUUUGUACGAUAGAAUAACAACAACAAAAUCCAGAAAAACGCACGUCAAAAAUGUUAUAGAUUGAUUUGCAUUUUAAUGAGGGAAAUAAAUAUUUGACCCCACUGCAAAACAUGACUUAGUACUUGGUGGCAAAACCCUUGUUGGCAAUCAGAGGUCAGACGUUUCUUGUAGUUGGCCACCAGGUUUGCACACAUCUCAGGAGGGAUUUUGUCCCACUCCUCUUUGCAGAUCUUCUCCAAGUCAUUAAGGUUUCGAGGCUGACGUUUGGCAACUCAAACCUUCAGCUCCCUCCACAGAUUUUGUCACCUUCUCACCAAGCUGCUUGGCGAUGGUCUUGUAGCCCAUUCCAGCCUUGUGUAGGUCUACAAUCUUGUCCCUGACAUCCUUGGAGAGCUCUUUGGUCUUGGCCAUGGUGGAGAGUUUGGAAUCUGAUUGAUUGCUUCUGUGGACAGGUGUCUUUUAUACCGGUAACAAACUGAGAUUAGGAGCACUCCCUUAAAGAGUGUGCUCUUAAUGUCAGCUCGUUACCUGUAUAAAAGACACCUGGGAGCCAGAAGUCUUUCUGAUUGAGAGGGGGUCAAAUACUUAUUUCCCUCAUUAAAAUGCAAAUCAAUUUAUAACAUUUUUGAAAUGCGUUUUUCUGGAUUUUGUUGUUGUUAUUCUGUCUCUCAAAUAAACCUACCAUUCAAAUUAUAGACUGAUCAUUCUUUGUCAGUGGGCAAAUGUACAAAAUCAGCAGGGGAUCAAAUACUUUUUUUCCCUCACUGUACAUGGACGGGGGGACCUGAUCCUUGAUCAGCACUCCUACUCUGAGACACUUUAUGAAUACGGGCCCUUGCAUAAAAUACAUGAGCGCCGUGUAUUUCUGUGUUUUUGGGACUAUUCCAUUGGUUCCGUUGUACCAGGGAAAAUGUUGCAUAAAUCAAGCUACCCCAGAGAGUGAUGGGAUGUUGUGUGUGUGUCAGAGGUUAUGGGUCAGUUGUCACGCUGCUACUCGGCCCAGCUGGAUGAGAUGAACGCCGAGGUGCGGAUCCGCUGGCUGCAGAUCGUGGUGCGGAACAGCUUCUACCCUGACCUGCCCCGCAUCCGCGGCUUCCUGCACAAACACGUGAGUGGUGACUGAACCAGACGGAGAGGGCACGUCCCAAAUGGCACCCUAUUCCCUAUGUAGUGUGUAUAUAUAGGGAAUAGGGUGCCAUUUGGGAUGCAGGUAGAGUCACUAUGGCCCUGUUCAAAUACUACUGCUGAGCGGUUAACUAUUUUUAAAUUAUUAUUAUUUUAUUUUUUUACAAAUUGACUGACGUCGGUUCAAUUAUUUGAGUUCAAUUUCGUUCUGUUUUUUUCUGUGAGCUCAAUGUGUAGUUUCUCUAGAGAGAAAUCAGAACAAAUCCCGAACUGUGCGAUGUAGUAGGGAGUUGUAGUUUCCAACAGGCCAAUAUUCUACAUACACUACAUGACCAAAAGUAUGUAGACACCUGCUCGUCUAACAUCUCAUUCCAAAAUCAUGGGCAUUAAUAUGGAGUUGGUCCCCCCUUUGCUGCUAUAACAGAGUCCACACUUCUGGGAAGGCUUUCCACUAGAUGUUGGAACAUUGCUGCAGGGACAUGCUUCCAUUCAGCCACAAGAGCAUUAGUGAGGUAGAGCACUGAUGUUGGGUGAUUAGGCCUGGUUUGCAUUCAGCGUUCCAAUUCAUCCCAAAGGUGUUCGAUGGAGUUGAGGUCAGGGCUCUGUGCAGGCCAGUCAAGUUAUUCCACACCGAUCUCGACAAACCAUUUCUGUAUGGACCUCGCUUUGUGCACAGGGGCAUUGUCAUGCUUUGCAGUUAGCACUAUGCAUUCAGGCAGGUAGCGUUCUCCUGGCAUCCGUCAAACCCAGAUUAGUCCGUCGGACUGUCAGAUGGUGAAGCGUGAUUCAUCACUCCAGAAGAACGCUACCUGGGGGGGGGGGCACAAAUGCAAUUUCAGAAUUUGGGGGCCCACCCGUCAAUAGUGAAAGUUGUGCCUGUCAGCAACGGGUGUGGCUGAAAUACAAUGACCAUAAUCCAUUGCGCCUACUUGUCCGGUCUGUGUGGGGCAGACACAGAGAAGGAAAGAAGAGACUGAAGAACGUGCGAUCUAUACACCUGUCAGCAACAGGGUGUGGCUGAAAUAGCCGAAUCCACUAAUUUGAAGGAGUGUCCACAUACUUUUGUAUAUAUAGUGUAUUUUAGCGCAGUAAAGGUAAUUAACUACAAUGACCAUAAUCCAUUGCGCGCCUACUUGUCCGGUCUGUGUGGGGCAGACACAGAAAGGGAGAGCAGAAGGAGAGAAGAGACAGAAGAAUGCACGAUCGAGAGGGAUAGAGAGUAGUUGCUUCCCGAGGUACUGUAUUGGUAUUCAGCAGUCAUAAAAGUAUGCCUUAUUUACUUUAAAGAACUACUAAAAUAGGGAUUUUGUCAGACCGCAUAGGCAACAACUCUAUAGAGAUGAGGUGAUGACUUGGAAUGAAAUAAUAAAGUCAUCAAAUAAAACAAAUGUAAUAUAAACAACAACUGAAAUAUUUGUAUAAUGUAAUGUGAAUGUAAUAAGUGAUAAGUAGUAAUGGGCAGUCACUACCAUCAUGGGACUUUUAUUAGUUGUUGUAUUCUGUGUUACAGCGUUCAACCUGUGAAUGUAAUGUUUUAAAAAGUCAAAGGGGCGGUGCAGUUCAAUGUGAUUUUCCUGUUUUUUAAAUGAUAUUUCUACACUAUGAGGUCGAAAUAACACUCUGAAAUUGUGAACAUUAUGAUAAUACCCAUUUUUGUGUAAGAGCGGUGUAAGAGCUCCCAGCCUGUUCAGUUGGGAUGGAACUUUUGGCCCACAUCAUGAUGUCACAAUGUGAUCUGAUUAUAAUAGACUAAUGACUGUUCAUCUCGGUAAGGGGGUGGGCUCUAGACAAUCCAAUCAGCCAAUCAGGGCUGUUACGUUAAUAUCUUCAAAGAUUUUCCUAACGAUCAGACUGAGCAUUUCAAGGGCCAAGGGAGGCUCAGGAAAAUAAAAGAUACAAAAUAUAUUUUUUGGGGUUAUUUUCAUGAAAUGAACAGUGAUUUAUUAGACAUACAGUGAUUUAAAAAUAAAGUUACAAAGCUUUUUCGACAUGGGUCAGCAUCACUAACUGAUACAAUCCGUUUCCACUAGCAUUGCUAUAUUCUACAAAGACGCUAGCCAGGAUAUUCUGGACGUUGCUAAAUAACCAGCUAACAAACUGAACUAUCACUUUUUUUUAUCACUAAACAAUGCAUCCUUCCUUCCUCAUAUACUUACAAUAAUCACGGAUCUAUAAGUAAUUGGUUAGGUGAAAGCAAGGUUACCACCCUAUUACUUUCCAAUUCAACCAAUUCAAGAUCUGUAAUUAAUUCAUGGAAGAUAGAAAAGCAGGAUGUGUUUAUACAGGGACUCUGACUGAUCUAUCUGCAGCUAGAUAUUUGUAAGUCAACUCGAUGACUUUCCAUCAGGGUUUCCCAAACUCAAUCAUGGGGCCUACCAGGGGCACGUUUUAGUUUUUGCACUAGCACUACACAGCUGAUUCAAAUAAUCAAAGCUUGAUGAUGAGUAGUCAUUUAGCAGACACUUGAGAGCGGCUUACAGGAGCAAUUAGGGUUAAGUGCCUUGCUCAAGGGCACAUCGACAGAUUAUUCACCUAGUCAUCUCGAGGAUUCGAACCAACGACCUUUCGGUUACGGGUCCAACGCUCUUAACCGCUAGGCUACUAGUAUUUAAGGGGAGGGAUGGCAGGAUGGGGAUGGAGGGAACAUUUCAACAAAUGUUUCCUAGAAGAUUGAAUUAGAUUAUACUAUUCUCCAUUCAGACACUAAUUUGGAUUAAAUGUAGCAUUUAUUUAUUAAAAUGUAAUAUUUAUUUAUUACAUUUAUUACAACAACACACAUAGAAGGCCCUUCAUUUACAGUUGAGCUUUUUCUUUAAAAAUAGCCUUUAAAAUUGUUUUUAUUUAUAACACUGCUUUUAUGCUGCCAGCCGAGUAACCCAGGCCAUUCACUCCAGUUCUAGGAAGUCGAAGCAGAAGCAGUGAAAUUACACCGUCAGGCAGGCUGUGGACACUUGAGUAUUUAUUUGAGUGUAAAUGGGUGACAGGAAGUGGUGAUUUCUCAGUUGCGCAUUAUAUAGGAGCUACACUGGGGCAUCAGGAAAACAGUGGGGUUUUUACCUGCUACACUGGACACGUAACUUUUGGCCAACGCAAGAAGAUUGUUCUCAGGCCUGAGCUGCACCUCAAAAUCUUUAAAAUAGAACCAGAGUGUAAUUCUGCACAGAGCGGCGUGAGGCUCUCAUGGAGCCAGCGUGCUUACACCCAGGUUUUUAUUUAAAUUAAUAGGGGUGUCUCACACUCUGCAGAAGUUAUGAGUCUAGUGUAGCAGGCCAGAUACUCGUUUGUAAUGGCCAAAUGGCAUCAAACGGUGCGUCUCCCCUCAGCAGUUAACAUUCUCCAUAAUGACACUGUGUGUAAUGCUAUGUAUGUUGUGUGUCUAAUUUAACAAUUCAAAAAAGCACUUGCACAUCUGUGUUAGCUUUUUUCAGGUGCAUGGGAAUAAUUUGAUAAUAUCUGGCCAGUGUCUUUAAAAAAAAUGUAUUCCAACUUACGUGUCGGCCUGUUUUGCGGCAGAGCUUUUAAAGACACAUUUCUAUUUUUUUGAACAUGUAAUGCACAGCAAAACAAUUUUAACCUUAGCUUGUAUUUUUAUCUUAUCAGACGUCGAGGAUGUACACGGUGCCACUAUACGAGGACCUUUGUUCCGGGGUGAUGAAGUGCUUUGCGGCCGAGGUUUUCUACCAGACACAGGCCCGCCUCCACCCCAACCUCCGACGGACACUCCAGCAGAUCCUGUUCCAGACCAGCGCCUUACCCACCACCACCUCUGUCCCCUCCCUGCUACACCCCACCCCCUCGUCCCCCAGCCCCACCCCCGUUGGCCAACCAGGGCCUGCCGACCCCCCCACUACUGGUACUAUCGCACUACGUGACGUCAACGUGUCUGCCUGA